CUCCGGAGGGUGAUAUCGAUUUUUCCGCGAAAUUAUCACAGACGGCUAUUCAAACUUUUCCCGCAUUUCAGUUUGUUUCACCUGUCCACAUCUGUCAGACACCGGCUAGGGUGGAGAAUUCUUGUAUCAUCUCAUUUUCCAGUGGCACUCCGUGUCUCAGUUUUCGUACAAGAUGUGAAAGUUCUGUGAUUCCCAGACGCAACGUAUAGAUGAAAGGCUGACACUGCAACGAAUUCCUUUUUGACACAAUUCUGCUUCUUUUACCGAUAGACGAUGGAGAUUGUCGAUAUUCUACUAUUUUGCUUCAUAUCUUGCGUUAUUGGGGCUGUCCUGAUGCUCCUAGGACAGUACUAUGUCUUUAUGAGGUUCGUUGAGACGCCUGAAGAGACUGACGAAAAGACAUCCACCACGGAAAAAUUUGAGCUUCCAGACAGUGUCCUUUCAAGUAUAAAAAAUUCAGAGUCUGAGAGUAAGAAUCCAAUAGUGGCCAUUAACUUGGUGCUGCAGUUUCUCUUCUAUGAGUUGCGACACUCAAAUCGCGUCAGAAAGUGGUUCUAUCGCAAACUUUCACUGGAACUAGAUGAACUCCUCACCAAAUCCACCACCGGAAGAUUUUUCGAUAAGCUCACAAUCCGGGAACUUGAACUAGGUGGACAAUUUCCCGAUAUCAAAAGCCUUCGUGUAAACAAUGUUGAGCUUCACGAUGAUGAUGGUCACAUUGAAAAUCUCGAUGUAAUGCUAGAUCUCUCCUAUCGUGGUAACUUUCGCCUCGCCAUUGAUGCUGAUAUGGUGCUGGGAAAAAAGGGAUUCCUCUCAGUUCGGGUGAGACAUGUAUCCGGUCUGGCUCGCCUACAAUUCACCAGAAAGCCCUACACACACUGGUCCCUCAGCUUUAUAGGGGAACCCCAAGUGGAUCUGGGAAUAGAAUCUCAAUUUCAGGGCAGGCAGAUGCAGUCAAAUGUAACAAGUCUUAUCUGCAAUCAAAUUAGGAAGGCAAUUCGUUCAAAGCACACGCUACCGAGUUACAAGUUGAGAUAUAAGCCAUUCUUCCAGAAGAUAGAUGACGAAUUGGAUGCAUCAGACGUGAUCCCAGAAGGAACUCUCUCGAUGAAUAUUUGCGAAAUGUCUCGUCUAAAUGUAUCCUCUAGCAUUACAUCGAUUUUUUGCACUGUUACCCUAGCAUCAAUCCCUUGGGUCCAGGCAAGGCAGCAUGACGAAAACACCAUCAUAAUUUCCCUCGAUUUGGAAAUCCAUAAAGCAAAAAAUCAGCAAAUUGGUAUUGUGUUUAAGCAGUUAGAUAAUGCUGUUAUGAUUGAGUCAAUUAUUCCGAAUACUCCUGCUGCAAAAGCCAAUCUGAGACGAAAUGAUAUACUGAUAGCUAUUGAAGGGAAGAAAGUAAUUCAACUCACACACGUUACAAAGAUUGUUAAGAGCAUCAAUCGUCCGAUGUUUAUGCUAAGGAUUGAGAGAAAAACUCGUGGAGUGAUUAAAAAUGACGCCAUUGCAGAAGACUUUGAAGUGAUUGAAAGUAUAGAUGAUGGAAAUAUCAGUUUUAGCAAGGCCAGUGAUUCCGUUCAGAUUGGCACGAAGAUUACAAGGAUGAAUUCCUUGGAGCGCAAUUCAAGUGAUUCAAGUGUCUCAAAUACUCCAUCCCAUACACCCCGUAAGACGAGUUCUUCAGGAAAUCCUCUACUUCGAUCCAAAUCCCGCAGUGUCAGCGUGGAGAAUGAACGAAAAACUCCUACUAGACUAACUAGUGAGACAACUCCAGAAGUUUUUCCUCAACAAUCUACUGCUGAAAUACCCUUUUGCUCCUUCAUUCGCACGGAAAAAGUCUGCACGUUCAAUUUGAAAGAGAAUUUGGUGUACUUGAAUCUCAAUGUUUUUGGACGAAGUAAGGACGAAACGAACCUACUGGGAUAUCACAAUAUCUCAAUACCAAGUAUCCUUAGUGAAUGCAACGAAUCCACAAUGGGGCAUUACUUGAAAAGAUUCAAUCUAACACCCCCAGAAGCCCCAAAUCUGACCAAUCAUCCCCUAGCUUCCCAAUCUGGCUUUGAAUCUCGCCUUUGUUAUGGGGAUGUUCUCAUUUCAUUUGCCUGGAGUGAUUUUGGGGGAAUAGUUAAUCAAACUCCAGAAACUUCCAAGAGAGGCAAGUACAGUGGGAACCGUAGCGGAUCGACAGACAAACUUGAAGAGGAUCGCAGUGAAAGCCAAAAGCAACAUAAUUUCAUACGGACACACUUUAACCGAGCCACACAGUGCGACUUUUGUGGGAAGAAGAUUUGGCUUAAAGAUGCAGUCCAAUGCAAAGACUGUUCUAUGUGCUGUCACAAGAAGUGCAUUACAAAAUGUCAAAACUCUACCGUUUGUGGUCCAGUAGAUGCUCAGUCACCAUCAACUUUGUCACAGCAAACAGUUCAACCCGAAUUCCGGGUCACUCAGCCCUGUGAAGAGGUCACUGAGGGGGAAGAUACUGAAGAGAUCAAUAGACUGAAAAGCGAGGGGCAUCGCCAGAGCUUUAGUGAUCUUCUAACGCAGGGUCUGAAGCGUGUCAACUCAGCCAAUAAUUUAGCCAUUCCAGCCAUAGUGUCAUCCCUAGGUCAAGGUAGUCGUAGCCUACCACCCAGUCCACAGUAUACGCCAAGGAAGCAGAGUUUAGUGCCACAAACAACAAAUCCACUCGCCCUUGCCAUUCUUAAGCUCGAAACGGCAAAUUUGGCUGAGCUAUCUGGUCAACAAAUGUCUUCGGUGAUUGAUGGCAUUGUGGAGCCUUUCAGUGGGACACCUUUGGAUGAAAUCAUGACCCUUGCCAAAUCCAGCAGUUUGCAGCUGUAUACAGAGCACGAACCCAUAAAGCGUGUUGAGAUGAUCAAUGAAGUAUUGGCAAAAUUACGCCUAGCGCUCGAUUCUGAGACAACAACGCAUGCGGAUUUGUCUAUGGCUCUGGCGGAGCUGAAAGCUGCCAAGGCGGCCAGAGUAGAGACUGGACGUGUGAGUUCAGACACUAACCUGCUUCUACAAACAGCUAAGGGAUCACCAUCGGACGCCCGAAAAGCGGCAUCAGCACGUGAGAAAGAAGCUGAAGCAGAAAUGGCGCGAAUAGCAUUUCUCUUGGGGCAAUCGGAGGAACGUGUUCAAGCUCUCAGUGUCAUCAUGUUGCAUCUGUGCUCAGCUCUUCAGCACGCCCAGAGUAUUGCUGGCCAAUGAAUAUAGAAUUCCUCCUGCACUUGCUUAAGAGUAGACAGACUGCAAGCAUUUCUAUCCACAAUCUUAAUCAAUCUUUAUAUUUAGGGGAAAGUCAUGCACAUGUAACAUUUAUUCGAAAAGCAACAAAAAACUUGCACAAUUUACUUCAAAAUACCAAAUCUCUUGCAAUUUUCGCGUUUCUUGCUCUAGUGGAGUUUUAUUUCUCAAAAAAGUUUUUAAAAAAAAAUGGAAAGAUAACCAAAUAUAUUUCAAAGAAAUAUGUGAUAAAUGAAAGAAGAAACGUAACUUCAUGUAACUUUAAAUAACUUAUUGUCAAUUCAGACUCUUUUGGUGUUAAUUGAGAGAAAUAUCAAUUACAAAUGGAAAAUUUCCAAAUUCA